ACAGACGAUCUCCUCCUAAUCCUCUCCUUCCUUCUCCACCAUGGGCGCGUCCGCCUCCAGCCAGCUGGACGACAGCAAAUGCGCCUAUAUCCGAGGGAAAACCGAGGCUGUUAUCAAAAACUUCAGCCCACACUACAGUCGCCAGUAUGCCGUGGCUUUCUGCAAUCAUGUCCGCAAUGAAGUGGAACAGCAAAGAGAUUUACGGUCGCAAUUCUUGAAAAGCAAGCCUCCUUUGGCAUUGGGGACCAUCUUGUAUGAAGCAGAGGUAUCCCAUUUUGCCGAUGAUGUAAAGAAAUGGAAGGACAGAUACAUCGUGGUCAAAAAUGAUUUUGCAGUGGAGAGCUAUGAGAACAAAGAGGCCUUCCAGAAGGGAGCCAGUCCUAAAAGCCGAGUUCUCCCUGCGGGUGGCAAGGUGCUGACAUCAGAAGAAGAAUACAGUUUAUUAUCUGACAGGCAUUUCCCUGACCCUAUUGCUUCCAGCGAGAAGGAGAAUGCUCAGCCCUUGGUCGUCCUGCCAAAAGAAUUCCCUGUGUACAUAUGGCAGCCUUACCUCAAGCACCUCUACUAUUGUUUCCCAGAUUCAGAAGCCCAGAAGCGGUUUAGUACGCUGCUGAAUGAUUGCAUCCGACACCUCAAUCACGAUUUCCUGAAGCAGACGACGUUUGAAGCUCAAGCAUUUCUAGAGGCUGUCCAAUUCUUCCGGCAGGAGAAGGGUCACUAUGGAUCAUGGGAAAUGAUUACCGGGAAUGAAGUUCAGAUCUUGAGCAACCUUGUGAUGGAAGAACUGCUGCCCACCCUUCAGACUGACCUUCUACCUAAAAUGAAAGGAAAGAAGAAUGACAGAAAAAGGGCCUGGUUCGGGAUUGUAGAAGAAACCUACAACUUGGUUCAGGAUCAAGUUUCAGAAGGAUUAAGUGCCUUGAAAGGGGAAUGCGAAACUCUGACAAAGGACCUGGAAGGAACUGUCCGUUCAGACAUGGAUCAGAUCGUGAACUCAAAGGACUUCUUAGCUGGAAAAAUCAAAGCUGUCGUAGCCGAACCCGCAGAAAAGAACUGCAGCGAGAGCAUCCAGCCUUUCUUGGCUUCCAUCUUAGAGGAGCUCAUGGGGCCGGUGAGCUCUGGGUUCAGCGAAGUCCGAUCGCUCUUUGAAAAAGAGGUGGAUGAGAUCGGCCACAGCUUCCAAGCAACUCAGGAUGCUGCCCAACUAAAGGAGCAUUUGGACCAGUUGAUUGAUCUUCCCUUCAACUCUACCAAGAUGGAACCUUGCUAUCUGAAAGUCAACCUGCUUCAGGAACAACUCCAGGACCUCAAAAGUCGUUUCAAAUUCCCACACAUCGAUUUGGUCAUUCAGAGGACCCAAAACUUCAUGCAGGAGCUAAUGGAAAAUGCAGUAUACACAUUUGGCCAGUUAUUCUCUCUGCACCGCCAAGGGGAUGCUUCCAAAACGGCAACAGCUAUAGAAAAAGUCAAGCUGCGAGUCCUGAAGCAAUAUGAUUAUGACAGCAGUACUAUACGAAAGAAGAUAUUUCAAGAAGCAUUGAUUCAGAUCACAUUGCCCACCAUGCAGAAGGCUUUGGCUUCAACAUGUAAACCAGAGUUGCAGAAAUUUGAGCAGUUCAUCUUUGCGGACCACACCGCUGUGAUACAGGUUGAAAACGUCUAUGAGGAAAUCUUACACCAGACCCUCCUGGAUGAAACGGUGAAAGUGAUAAAGGAAGCUGCCGUACUGAAGAAGCAUAACCUGUUUGAGGACAACCUGGCUUUGCCUUGUGAGAGCGUGUCCAGCCUAACUGACCUGAAAACCCCCUCGGGAUCAAACCAGGCCAGCCCUGCCAGAAGAUCGUCUGCCGUCUUGCCAGUUGUUUCAGAUAAUGAAAUACCAAGUAACGAGGUGUUCAUUGAGCAAGAGAAGAGUCCUGAGGUCCCAGAGACCCCAGAGCCAUCAGUCAAAGAUGAAAGUCUUUCCACCCCGGUGCCCUGUUCUUCUACCAGUGUUGCUGAGCAAGAGGUUGUUGCCAGCAUCAGUGACCCAGUGGAGUCAUCGCCUUUGGUUCUUGUGGCAAAGGAAGGAAAGGAAGAUUCUUUGAGUACAAAUGCUUCAGAAAUAGAGUCUGGACAGAUCCAAGAACAGGAAAGUAAGAUCCAGGAAAGGCAAAGCGCUGCUCCUCCUCCAGACUGCUUGAAUGAAAUCAGAGACUUGUUGACAGUCACCACUGAAGUGCCCACAGAGGCUGUGCAGGAGAACCAAGAGGAAACUAGUAAAAAGGAUGACCUCUUUGAGGGCCAAGAAAAUGAGACGGGAAGAGAAGAGAAAGAUCCAGUUAACGCAGAGUCCGAUCAGGACGGCCAGAAUCUCACUGGGGUUCACGAGGAGCAAUGUUCUCUAUCCGUUUCAGAGCUGGGAAGCGUGGAUAUGAUGAAUUUUACAGAGCCUGGUAACCUUGUCCCUAGUCCAGGUGGUGAGGGGGUCUGUCAGGAAGGGGGUGCCCAACAAGGAGAAAAGGAAGAGCCUGAGGACAACAGCAGGGCAUGGAAGCCUGAAGAGGAACUCUGCAGUAGCCCAGAGAAGGAUCAACCCCAGGAGGAAGAACCUGCUGAGAGCAGACUAGAUGUGUGUGCUUCCAAGUCAGAAGAGGCUGGAGCGGGUCAGCUCGAAGCUGACCAGUACAAAGUAGAGGAGAAUCUAUCUAGCUGUGUCCUUGAGGACACUUACACAACCCAAGAACAAUCCAUUUUGAGUCCUGUGGAGGAGGUUCUUGUUUCUCCAGGGCCAGGGGAAGAAGUGUCCACCACCCACGUUUUAGCCGACCUGGGACCUGAAGGGCUCGGUGACUCCAGUGGUGGCAAGUGCCUUCACGCAGGAGAAACAGCCUCGGCUACUGAAACCAGAAACUUGCAAGGAGAAGAAAAUGAUGCAAAAGAAAGUAGCCAAGAGAGCUGGGGAGAGGAACAUUCCUUGGAAUAAAAAGGGUUACUCAGAAAUACAGUUUCUCCCAGAAAUUUCUCAGUCAAGGGGCUACUAGGGGACUCAUUAGAAUUUGCAUGCAUGUUGUGACAAGAAAAAUCAUGAAUACCUUAACCAUAUAGUGAAACCAAAGGAAAAGAACCCACUGCACUAGCUCAGUAGCAAAAGUGCCUAUUGCUUUGGAAUUUUGUUAGGAGUUAAAAAGACAAUGGAAUGUCGUAAUUUGGAGAGGAGCUUGUGAAGAGAGAGAUGCUAUAUUUAUAACUGGGAAAACACUGGGAACAGGUUUCUCAUUCCCAUUGGCAUGUUCAGGUAGCCCAGCCUGAUGGAGCACUUUAGAGAUAUUUUUGUAAGGGAUUAAUGCAAAUGUUUACAGUAACUCCAGCUCUAACUGUUCAGUAGGCUACCCAUACCUAUUGAACUAUUUCCUCUGGACUUACCAGUCAUCCCGUGCUGGCUUCCAUCAGAUAAUACGGUGGUGAACACCCACCCUUGGGAUGAGAGAGAGUGAUCACAACAGAGAAUGAAGUGUCUCCACGACUUAAUCAUGCCGUAGGUGCAUUGGUCUUGAGAACAGACAAAAGGAACUGAAGAAGGGCUAGCCCAGCCUAGCUCCACGUGGACGGGCAGAUUGGCGUAUCACCGCAUUAGCUACGAGCUGCCCACUCUCAUCACUAUCACCACUUGAUGUGCUUUGAAAAGUUUAGGUUUGGCAAGAAAACUUCACUUAAACUCAGCAUGAAAUCAUUCCUGGAUUAUUUUUAAGGUAGACAGCAGAAGUCUUGUCUAGAUCAUUUGGGUGGAAGACUCACUGCAUAGGAAGCUUCAAGAGAAAUGAAUUCCAGAGAUCGUUUGUCAACCCCUGGCAAGGUUUCAUUUUUAUAUCGAUUUCCGCAACUAGCAUUGCCUAGGCAUUCUUGAGAAUUAACAUAUAUGGAGAUAAGCCUAAAACAUCCAGCAGCAAACUUCAACAUGGAAACCAUAUGUAAAUAUCUAAUAAUUGUGGGCAGAAUCCUCAAGUGAUAUAUAGAUAUAUAGUUAUAUCUAUAGAUAUAGAUAGGUAGAUAUACAAUUUUUUUUGCUGGGGGGGAGUGGCCAGAUUUUCAUAUUAAAGCAACUGGACAUCCACCAAUUUGGUAGAGAGCCUACUCUGUGAUCAAACAAUCUCACCAAGCAGAAAGGUAUUAUUCUGAGGUUUCCUGGGCUUCUGCAUUUGAGGACAGAAAAGUUAUCUCCGACUAAAGAAUUGCAACCAUUUCCCACUUGGAAGAUUUAUCUGGGUUUGCAGAGCCAUUUGCACAGAUUCAGAGAGAGGGAGGUAGAAACCUGAUCUGAGCACAGCUCUUGGCCUUGGGUAGUACUGGGUGUGACUUUGUUGGCUAGAGGGAUUGCCCAUGCUGGGCACCCAGGGAUGUUCAGCUAGAUUUCCAAGUCCUUGAUGGGCUGAGCCACCUGAGAUGGGUUGAAGAUUACUAAACCCCCCUGGACAGGAAUACUGCACCUGCCCCUUAGGGCCAGUCCAGGAAAAUCUUCCCUGCAGUGGGUAGAGUGGGGAAAUUUUAGCAUGAGCCUGUCUUUCAGAUUAUACAGGCCACUGCCCACCAAGUCUCUCGGUACCACUAUGGAAAACUAAACAGGUUUCCCCACUGCCACCUAAGGAAUGCACGAGACAAGGUCUAGAAAUCAUGUGCGGUCAACUUACCAACCCCUACAAAAGUCAGUGGUGGGGGGACCAUGUAGAACAAGCCUUGGAGAAUCAUGACCAUUAUUUCUCUGUAUAUGUAUAUGGCAUCAGAGGAGUUCGGUAACGCGUGUGGGACGAUUGUUCGAUUUUGACAUGAAAGAGGAUGCAGAUGUGCGUUUUACAUAUAUUUCCAUUUUAUUAUUUUACAUGGAAGAUUAUUCACAUCAUUAUGAGUACGUCCUUUGCUUUUAAUAAGGGCUCCCAGUUACUACUUAUGUCAUUUCCAAUAUUAUUUUGAGUCAAUGGGAUUGAGAAUCUCAUUAAGAACGCAUGAAUACUAUACUUGGGGCCCUUAUUAUUGUUUAUGCUAGAAAUAUAUAAUUUGCAACUUUUGUUUCUUGCCAUAACGAAUCACCUUUAUAUAUUAACCCUGGGCAGGUACACUGAUUCCCACAUGGUUGCACUGCCCUUGACCUUCAACAGAGAAAAACACCCAUUUACUCAAGUGAUAUAAUUGUCUUUUUCGGAUCUGCCAUUCUUUUUUCACAAUUUCCAACAACAUUAAGGGUGAAUUUCUUUGCCAUGCUGAUGGAGCAAUCAUCUCAUUUGUCACAGAGAGGUGGUUUGAGCCAUCCCGGCAAGCAUUCAUUGAGUCACUUUGAUUAAAAAAAAAAAAACCCAAAAAACAAACUAUUCUAGAGGCAUAGUUUCCCCCAUGCUCCUCUUUAGUGAUUUUAUGGUAAGCUACAAUGUUUGGGACCAUUCCUUUUGAGCGCUAAAGCUUUUCUCUGGUCCCCGACUACCAUCACAGUCCACAGAUUAUAUUCUACCUGGUUAUUACAUAGAGUGAAUAAAACGCAUUGUAAUCCAAUUUAUAAAGUGCUUAUAUUCUAAUAAAAGAUUGGUUCAUCAUUAA